ACUUUUUAGGUUCGAUGUAUAAAUGGCUUUGAAUUGUGGCAUUUGCUUUAAAUAUCGAAACGAUGAGAGUCUUAGGCGUAUUAGUUUUUAUCGCCUUUGCGGCAGCAUCCAAUGCCGCCUAUUCUGGAAAAUGGCAAAAUAUCCUUUAUGCCCGUUAUGUGUGCUCUUCAAAGCCCAAUGGUUACAGGACAUUAGUACCGGGAAGCUGUAGCCAGUUUUAUGAGUGUCAAUUUGGCCGUUCCCUGUUGCGUUCGUGUCCCCAUUAUUUUGAUGGCACCAAGAGAGAAUGUGUUAUCUUCAAUCCAGGAUGUGUGGAGUCAUUCGAAAAUCUUGCCAAGGAUACUGAAGUUUUGCCAGAAAUUAAGGCCACUACAGUGGCCCCUAGCGCCAGCAUUGCCUUUGAAUUAGUUGCAAAUCCCUUUACUAAGGAUCAUCCUAGGAUAAGCAAAUACUUGGAAACCAUUUGUCAUGCUAAGGCCGAUGGUACCCUUCUGUCCUCCCUGACACGUUGCAAUGAAUUUUAUCGCUGUCAUCAAGGUAAGGUAACAAUACAAAGCUGUGGCGAACGAUAUUUCAAUCCAGAGAGAGAGGUAUGCGAUUUACCCAAGCACACCAAGUGCCUUGUCAAAAAUCCAACGGAGGAGGGUGCUACAGAUUUGGUGGAUGUUAAUACAGACAAGGCAGUUGACUCAAAGGAAGAUUUGAGCGAAAAGAAAAAUAAUAAAUUGUAUUUAAAAGUCAUUUGCCUGACCAAACCCAAUGGCUUUUACUUGGCCUCCUUUACUAGUUGCAAUGAGUACUACAUUUGCAGCAUGGGCCAGGCGAUAGUUAAAACGUGCGGAGACAACUACUUUGAUAGCCACACGGGUAGUUGUGGUUUGCCCGAAAACACCAAAUGUAUCUUGAAAUCUCACCAAGAAGAGAAGGAAGAAGUUGCCAAGCCCAUAACUGAGGAAUCAGAACCCGAAAUUCCCAACAUUAAGGAAACUGACUCGAAGCACACUGUGUCUAGCAUUGAACUGUAUAAGCGUUACGUUUGUCGUGACAAACCCAAUGGCGUGUUCAUUAUAUCUCUGGAGAAAUGCAAUGAAUUUUAUGUCUGCGAAGAUGGUACGGCCCAGGUUCAAAGCUGUGGUGAACUUCAUUUCAAUAGUCUAAAGGGAUCCUGUGAUUUAGCAGAGAAUAGUCACUGUCUUUUGGAACAAAAACAAAAGAAAGCAGCCGCAGUAGCGGGAGCUGCAGCAAUGCUUGCCAAACCAUCAAGCAUUAGCCUGUACGAGACCUUUGUUUGCCGCAAUAAGUCGGAUGGCCAAUUUUUGGUAUCCUUGGAAAAGUGCAAUGAGUAUUAUAUAUGCCAAAAAGGCCUUGCGGUAGUACACAGCUGCGGUGAUCUAUACUUUAACAUUGCCAAAGGUGUCUGUGAUUUGCCACAGAAUACACGGUGCAGCUUAGGCCAAGCUCCAGCAGAAGACAAUGAUCCUAAAACUUCUGUUGCUGGCAGUGACACGCAUUCUGCAACAUAUGGAACCUCGGAUAUGAAAAUACCUGCAGAGGAUUUAUAUCACCGUUUUGUAUGCCGUGGAAAACCCAAUGACUUCCUGCUGGCAUCCUUGAAGAGCUGCAACGAGUAUUAUGUAUGCCGCGAUGGCAUAGCUCUGACACAAAACUGUGGAAAGAAAUACUUUAAUGCGGCAAAGGGUAUUUGUGAUAUGCCGGAGAAUACGGAAUGUAAAUUGAGCAAGCGUAAAUAAAGUUGAGCAAUUUGAUCUCAAAUUGUCACAAUGAUUUAUGGUGUUAGUAACAGGCGAGAGUUGC